AUAUCAAAACGACUUUUGCUUCAAAUCUCGCGAGAUCGCGUUUGCUGCUGAGUUGUCCCCGCAAGGGAAAAUCCAGUCAGUAGUUCAUUAGAGGACAACUCGGCUAAGCCCUCCUUCAUAAUCAAUCUCCGCUGGACAAGUCUAUCGUUGCAGAAAGGCAUCUGUAAUCACAAUUGUAGCCACACUACUGUUGAAGAACUUCAUCUGAAUCAUGGGGAACAUGUUGGCGAAUUUAAUGAAGAGCCUCAUAGGCAAGAAGGAGAUGAGGAUCUUGAUGGUGGGGCUCGAUGCUGCUGGAAAAACAACAAUCCUCUACAAGCUCAAACUGGGGGAAAUAGUCACAACCAUCCCAACCAUUGGGUUUAAUGUGGAGACGGUGGAGUACAAAAACAUCAGCUUCACUGUGUGGGACGUGGGUGGGCAGGACAAGAUUCGCCCCCUCUGGAGACACUACUUUCAGAACACACAGGGUCUAAUCUUUGUGGUGGACAGUAAUGACAGAGAGCGAGUGAACGAAGCCCGAGAGGAGCUGAUGAGGAUGCUGGCUGAGGACGAACUGAGAGAUGCGGUCCUUCUUAUUUUUGCCAACAAACAGGACUUACCGAACGCCAUGAAUGCUGCUGAGAUCACCGACAAGUUGGGCUUACACUCCCUGCGUCACCGUAACUGGUACAUCCAGGCCACCUGCGCCACCAGCGGCGACGGCCUCUACGAGGGUCUCGAUUGGCUGGCCAAUCAACUCAAGAACAAGAAGUGAGAAGAAAGGUGGAACAAGCUGCCAAACCCGUCCAACUUUAAACUUGCUUUGGGAAAGUGGGCGAGAGUUAGGUACAAUGAUUCUGAUCAAUAGGUGAACAUUUUAGGCUUUCAUUUUCAGUCUGUUGCGGUUCCCUUGUUGAAAGCCAGUUCUCAUAUACUUCAUAGAUAACCAUUCACACCACACACACACACACACACACACACAGUCCACCUCUUGUCCUUAGGUGCAAUGUACUGUAUGCUGGUCUCUGGUGUUGUACCAUGUUGUGUGUGACUCCACUGAGUCAGCAUCAAGUCAAAUGGGACUUUUUGUUGUUGUCUGUCUUUCAACUGUCAGUCCUCCAAACAAAGAAGUAUUCUUUGUCAGUUGAACUUCCUGUUUUUUUGUGUAUUUUUCCUAACAGACCAAUGUGUGGGAACAAUCACAGCUGGCCAAUUUUAAUGUGUGAGCAAUGCUGAAGCAUUUUGAUAUGCAGACAAAGUGUGUGAGCGUGCCCACAAACUGUAUGUGUUUGUGCAAGCGACCCAGUCAGUCAUAAUCGUGAAAUAGACAAUGGGACUGCCUCAUUUUGAAAAUCUUUAUAUAUCUGUGGCGGGGUUUUACUCCCUGCGUGGCAACCCCAAGCAUUGAAGUCUCCCUUUUUAACCCUUGUGUUGCCUUAGGGUCAUUUUGACCAGAAUCAAUAUUACACCCUCCCCCCGCCUUUGGGUCAUUUUGACCCCAUUCAAUGUUUCACCCUCCUGUUACCUUUAUAUUUACUAACAUAUUUUACCCUUUGGGUUCAAUUUGACGCCAGCAAUUAAAACCUCCAGAAAAUUAUUAGAAUUAAUAUUGUUUUCCAAGUUUAAGUGUGAGGCACUUUAUGUUUGUUUGUUGACUACCGAAAGAACACCGACAUUAAACAUUGAAUGGGGUCAAAUUAAUCCUAAGGCGGGGGGAGGGUGUCAUAUUGAUUCGGGUCAAAAUGACCCUAAGGCAACACAAGGGUUAAAUAUUGUAAAACGCACAACACAUUCUCAACCGCCUGAGCUGCAUGAAUCCUGGUUGACCUUUCUGGCAUUGGUGCAGACCUUUCCGCCCUCGGAGCUGCAUGCAUGUUGAUGCUGCUGCUUGAGGAUUCUCUCUAACUGCCCUCAUCGUGUUCUGCUGCUGUUUACAGUCGGAUGCAGAAACUAACCAAACCACCAAUUUCUGCAUUUAGUUGUCAACAUGUGCUUGGUUCAGUAUACUCGGCUUUAUGGUCUUUUGAACGUGAAAGCAGGAUACAAAACAAAACAAUCAUGACCUGCACAUCUGUUUCUUGUCUGCCUCCAUGUGAGUACUCCAGCUGCAUCAGGUUGCUCUCGCUUUGUGUGUUUUUUGUCCCAGACUUGCAUAUCGGGGGCGGGGGAGGACAACUUUAUGUUCCUGAAUGUAAAUAUUGUUGAUGAAUCUAUAAAUGACUGUAAUAUUUAUUUGACAAGCAUAUACCUGUAUUGCUAUGAUAAUUAUGUGAAUGAAAGCAGGGUAAUCAGACCAAUUGACUCAUCAGCACAUUCUGAACAGCAGACGAGUUCCUGCGUCACCACGGAUACCAGCAGAAUCCACAAACUUCUCUUUAUAAAACUACUUGUGUGCCAUACAUGGGUACUUUUACUAAUAUACCAGCGACAGUACAACAUAUUCUAAAUCCACUUCACCAAGUUAUGAGUGCACUGUUUAUAUUCAGCAUGUAUGGUAAUCAUGAGUUUGAUCAUUUGGGUUUUGUGGCCUUAUAUUUAGUGUUGACAUUUAAUUGAUUUCUUCUCAGCUUGUUCGGUUCUCUGUUGUUUUCGCACCACAGUUUAAAAUGAUUCGGCAAGUGUCGUCUUCUCUUUUGUUUGUUUAAGUGAUUCAUAUUUUGUGGUAGAUUUCUUUGGUUUUUGGGGUUGUAAAGAAACAUUGAUGUAGACUUUAUCUGUGAAUCAAUGAUAAUCAGUGCGAACAAAACACACUUGAUUCACUCUGUAUCGUUAUAGUUACACAAGUAGAUUUUAAAACGGUAAAGACCAUGUUUCAAUGCUGGAUGCAUGAGACAUCUGUAUAUGUGAGACAACAAACUAAAUACUGCUGUAUUACAAAUAAACCCAUUUUCUCUAUGA